UAAACAGUGAGUAGUGACAUAAUUUACAUAACCAAGAUAAAUGGUUUGUAUAUGUAACAAUAUAUAACAUAAAAUUCAUCGCAGUUGCCGCUGAUACUCAGUAGAUGAGCUAUCGAAAUAUAUAAAUAAGUUAGAAAAAAUGUUUCAUAAGGCUUUAGUUUGUUUCUUAUCUGCAGUCAUUAUUGUUCAGACAGCAUCAACACAAUGUAUUGGAGCCUAUGACAGAGCAUCUCUAGGAGUACCAUGGACAUCAGCUAUUGAGCAGCUCCUGGGCCCAGCAAUACCCCCGGGUGUGGGGACCUUCGGUGGAAGUUUCGCCGUCACUAGCCUCUGCCCCAUAUCACCACGAGGACUGUCCAUCACCUCAGAGAAUUACUACGAUGGGUCCCUACGGAUUGUAGGAGAAGUGCCCUUCUUGAGUACCAUUUCAGUGGAAGGUGCUGUGCCCUCGGUGGGAGCUGGGGCCAUCACGUAUGGAUGUGGGAGUGGGACCGUAGCUAUGUUGAGUGAAGAUGAGCCGUGGAGUACACCAGGGUACGGCUAUGGCCCCGCAGCUAAAGCUGGGUUUAACACGUGUCCUUGCGGACGAGUGGCGUUGGUGUAACUAUUGUUGUUCAUUGUAAAUAAAUACUUGUUGUAUACAA